CAGAUAUUCGAUUGCCGGUCAGUCGUUAGCGAAUCGCGAAUCGGAAAAGAUUGUUUUGUUCGGUGGUGGUUUUUGUUCCUUAUUAUCACAUAUUGUUAUCAGACGAAUCAGUGGGAGAAAAAUGGCCAGCAAAGCUGAGGUUCCCGUGGUUUUGAAAACCCUUUUCAACCACAUCGAAGCUAACAAGGCAAAGUAUAUCCAGGCUCUGGCGGAAACCGUGGCCAUCAAGUCGGUGUCUGCCUGGCCCGAAUCCCGACCGGAGAUCUCGCGAAUGGUCAACUGGGUAGCGGAUCGCCUGCGGACGCUUGGCGCGACCGUGGAAUUGGCGGACGUCGGCAAACAAACCCUGCCGGAUGGGCGUGUGAUCGAUCUGCCCAACGUCAUCUUGGGAUCGCUUGGUAAUGACGCGAAAAAGAAAACGGUCGUUCUCUACGGACAUCUAGACGUACAACCGGCGAUUCGAGAGGAUGGUUGGGAUACGGAACCGUUUGUGCUCACGGAAAAGGACGGUAAACUAUUCGGCCGCGGAGCGAGCGAUGAUAAGGGUCCAGUGCUCGGUUGGAUCCAUGCGAUCGAAGCGUUCCAAGCGAUCGGAAAACCACUACCGGUGAACCUGAAGUUUGUUUUCGAAGGGAUGGAAGAGUCCGGCAGCGAGGGGCUGGAUGAACUGUUGUUCAAACGAAAAGAUGAUUUCUUGUCCAAUGUGGAUUAUGUUUGCAUUUCCGAUAACUACUGGCUGGGGCGGGAUAAGCCUUGUAUUACCUAUGGACUGAGAGGCAUUUGUUAUUUUGAGGUUGAAGUUGAAUGUGCGGCUAAGGAUUUGCACAGUGGCGUGUUUGGUGGGACUGUGUAUGAGGCGAUGAACGAUCUGGUUUACCUUCUUGGAACACUAGCAGACAAAGAGGGUAGAAUUUUGAUUCCGAACAUUUAUAAGGAUGUCGCUGCGCUGCUGCCAGCGGAGCAAGCAAUCUACGAAGCGAUUGCUUUCGAUGUUGCUGACUAUCGCGAACAGCUUGGUGCUAGGAAGCUUAUGCACAGCGAGGACAAGGCGAAGAUUCUCAUGCACCGUUGGCGUCAUCCGAGCCUCUCGAUUCACGGCGUGGAAGGAGCCUUCUACGAGCCCGGACAGAAAACGGUCAUCCCCAAGAAGGUAAUAGGCAAAUUUUCAAUCCGUAUUGUGCCGAAUCAAACACCGGACCUGGUGGAAAAGUACGUGGCUGAGUACUUGACCAGCAAGUGGGAAGAGCGCGAUUCACCGAACAAGUUCGCCGUCCGGAUGGCCCAUGGGGGCAAACCAUGGACCGAAGAUCCACACCAUCCGCACUAUCAGGCCGCACGGAUAGCUACUCAGCAUGUUUACCGAGUGGAUCCUGAUAUGACGCGCGAAGGAGGCUCGAUACCGGUGACGCUCACACUACAAGAAACCACCGGUAAAAAUGUGCUUUUGCUGCCGAUGGGAGCCUCCGAUGAUGGCGCCCACUCGCAGAAUGAGAAGAUUGAUGUACGCAACUACAUUGAAGGGACUAAACUGUUGGGUGCGUACUUGUAUGAAGUGGCCAGGGUCUAAAGGAUGAUCUGAAUUAAAAAAAUGUGUUAUUACUGAAAAACGAAGCAUCACGAAUAAAUAUUAAAUAUUGUCUAAACAA